AUGAAAAACACUUGUGCAGAUUAUACAAAAAGCGAGAAUUGCACUAGGUCGCAAGAUUUUGGACCAUAAAGUAAUUGUGUCUGGCAUUCUACAUGCAUCUCUGUCACCAAUACUUCUACUGAUUGUGCUUAUGUAACUGGUACAAAUUUGACUGACGAUCUAUGUGCUUUAUAUAAUCCUGAUUGCACAGUUAACUACUCAGGAUCUGCUUGCUAAGAAAAGAAAUCAAAUUGUUCAGAAUAUACUUUGAAAGAAAAUUGCUCACCAUAUUGCGUAUGGGAUGGCACAUCAAUUUGCCUUUUUAUAUCAGAUCCUUCCACUUAAUGCAACUUAGUUAAUGGAAAGACAGGACUCAACCUUGCAACGUGCCAAUUAUAUAAUAGUGAAUGUGUUAAUUUAAAGGAUGGUACUGGAUGUUAACACUCCUAGACAGAUUGUAAAAAUUAUACAACUUAGAACUCAUGUGUUGCUUUGGCUAAUGGUACUUCCUGUUUAUGGUAUGAAAAUUCUUGCUACCAAAUAACAGGUACUACUUGUAGUGCAAUUACUGGGGCUGAUCUGAAUCAUAAUAUAUGUUUCUCUUAUAACAAAGGCUGCACCUCAUUAAGUGAUGGCACUUCAUGUUAAGAUUAUAAAUCAACUUGCGAGUAGUAUUCAGGAACAACUGAAUCAUGUACUUAAUCCAUAAAUGUGAAAUGCUACCUCUAUAAUUCAAAUACUUGCAUUACUAUUUUAAAUGUUUCUACUGAUUGUGCUAAGAUUACAGGUGUAUCAUUAACUUAUGAAAUAUGUUAAUCAUAUAAUUUGGGAUGCAGUGUUAAUAGAGCUAAGACUGCUUGUGUUUAAAAAGCAGCAUAAUGUUCUGGAUAUACAACUAAUAUGACUAAUUGCUAUCAAGCAGGAGAAGGAUUAUGUAUUGCAUCCACUAGUAAUGAUUAAGCAUGUGUGCCCGCCUUAAGUGUAUCUACCUGUGAAACAGUAUUUUUAGGAACAGACAAUUAUACUCAUGAUAAUUGUAGUGCAAUCAAAGCUGGAUGUACUGUAAAUGGAAGUACAGGAUGUAUGGCUAGAACUUGUGCAAAUGCCACAGGUUUUACAUUUAAUCAUGAUAAUUGUUAUUCUUGGUUGAAAACUUGUACAGUAAAUUAGACUAAUAAUGGUUGCACUAUCAUGACUGCAAAAUGUUCAGAUUAAUCAUCUACUUAAUGUCUAAAUGCAAUAGAGGGAGUGUGUUUAGUGUUUAAUUCUAUUUGUAUUAGAAAAGGAUGUGAUACAGCUCCAUCAGAUGCUUCUCAUGAUGAUGAUACAGAAUGUUCUAAUUAUUCAUAGGCUUGUACAGUUGCAAGAGCAGGUGGAUGUCAAGUUAGAACUGCUUGUUCAUUAUAUAAAUCGUCAUUAUAAUGUAAAUUAGAUAUGAAUGAUAAAAAAUGUUUCUGGAAUCCAUCUGUUAAGACAUGUGUUGAUUUGGCUUGUGCAAAUAUAGAAGUUUCAAAUUUAUAUAAUACUCAUGCUAAAUGCUUUGCAGUUGAUUCGAAUCUAGGUUGUACAGUAAGAGCACUUAAUAAAGUAGCUGUUCCAGGUUGCAUGGCAAGAGGACCAUGUAGUUCAUAUACUAUUAAAGAUUAAUGCAUAACUAAUGCAAGUGGAUUAGAUUGUGUUUGGAAUACAAAUAGUAGUUUACCUGAACCUGCUUGUUAGGAUAAGUCAUGUACAACUGCUCCUACUUCAACAUUAACUCACAAUGACUGCUUCAAUUAUUAUAAUACACAAAGUAUCAAAUGUACAGUGUAUGCUAGUCCAGGUGCUAAUGGUGGAUAACCAAUUUUAAGAGGAUGUUAAUAAACUGCUGGCUGUUCUACUUAUAUUGAUAUUGAGUAAUGCAAAAUAAAUGAUUUUGGAGAUCCUUGUGGAUGGAAUGGAAAAGAAUGUAAUGAUAAAUCUUGUUCUACUGCUCCUGCAACAUCAGAAUUUGAUGAUGAUGCAAAAUGUAAAGCCUAUUUCAACAAUAAAUGUACAGUUUCAUCAGAUGGAUAAGGUUGUAUAGAUAUUCCAGAGAUUUGUGAAUUAAUGAAUUAGAAAUAAUGUUAUUACAAUAGUACUGGACAGCUCUGUUACUGGACUGGAACAGAUUGUAUUACUAAGACUUGUGAAAAUGCACCCGAAGAAACAGCUACAGCUGAAUAAUGUAAUAACUAUUUAUAUGGAUGUACAAUAGAUGUUAUAAAAUGCAAAAUUAAAAUAUGUGAAGAUUAUGUUUUAACAACAGAUGAACAAUGUAGUUAUGCGUUAUCUACAUGUACAACAAACGGUAUUAAUUGUGUAGCCAGAGGAACAUGUGUUUAAGCUUAAAUACAAAGCAGGAUGUGUUGUAUCUUCUACUGGAUAAUCUUGUGA